AGUGUCAGUUCUUGGCUCACAUUGAAAGACGACUCCAAACAAAAACACUUCGCAGUCCAUAACAUUAGCUCCCGUUAUGCUAAUAGAGGCCCAAAUCCAUUGUCGAUCUCAUUUAAUGCCUUCAAUUCAUCCGUCAAUUUGAUAACAGAAGAAAAAUCGUGUGAAUUACCAAUCAUUGAGUCUUUGGUUUCCAAAAGCGCUUUAAUGAGGAGUAGAGAGGAUUCUCCAGAUCUUAAAGAUAGGACCUCUUUGGGUGGCUCUUCAUCUGCGGGGGAACUCCAAUCACUU